GUAAUACUCGGUCCACAGUCUAGUCUCGAUCCUCGACAUCCGUGCAGCUCGCAAUCGAGUCGAGUCAGUCACUAUAUAACUGUUAGUAUAGUGGAGUCACCCACUUCCCUGACGCCAUGAGUUCGUAUCGUGCCCGCACGCGUUCUGAUUACCUAUUUUUCCUUUCUUACCGAACUCGCUGGACCGACAACGACCAGUACUCGCACAUCAACAAUUCUAUUUACUACCACCUAUUCGACUCCGUAGUGAACACUUUUCUUAUCCAACAAUGCGGACUCGCCUCUGACUCUGCCCAAAUCGGACUCGUGGUCUCGUCUCAUUGCCAGUUUUUAUCCCCUCUGUCGUUUCCUCAGGUUCUGGAUCUCGGUCUUCGCGUAGUGAAGCUCGGCACGAGUUCCGUGACGUAUGAGGUCGCGGUCUUUGAGGAGGGAAAGGAUGUGCCCGCCGCUGUUGGGGGGUAUACGCAUGUCUUUGUUGAAAGGGGGUCCCGGAAGAGUGCCCCUAUGGCCACUCCGCUGCGGGAAGGUCUUUCGAGACUGUUGUCGACGAAUGAGAGCUCGGAAUCAAAGCUUUGACGUGCACUUAUACCGAGUCGUCUCGCAACUUCGUUUUCUUCUAGCUUAUAAUUCUAUAGAUUGGAGAAGUCCGUACUAUGCGUCCAGACAUGUUCGCCUGCAUUUCCCAGGGGCCAGCAUGACAAACUAUAAUCAAGAUUCAAGACUCGAUGCUCGGCAUUUUCAAGUAUGUCGUGGUAAGGUGAUCAUAUAUUCAUACAUUGAGCAUGCACAUUGCAUAUCACCCUAUUAGGCAGUACUUUGUUGAUGUCCCUUGAAUUGGGGUCAGACAUAUGUAGCCUAGGCUAUUUGAUGUGGGGCUCACUCCGAGUCUCGAACUAAUUAUUGUGCUUAUAUGUAGCUAGACUCGUGACCAGUCUGUCUAAACUGUCAACUGUCAAUAGUCGGACUGGUAAAUCUCGGUAC